CUGUCUCUGUUUAUCUGUCUCCCUCUCGCUCUUUGAUUGUUGCUCUUAUCUCUCUGUCUCCCGGUCUAACCCAGUUGUCUACUGUCUAAGUGAUAAAUACAGUAAUAGAACAGAUUAAUGUCAAAGUUGUUUCAUCUUCCACGAUAAAGAGAUCUACAUUAGUGAGAUUGUGUCAGUCAGUGUGUUGCCUUGUUACGUUUCAAAAGCAUCACAGGUACUUCCUCCGCUGGUCUUACCCUCAGGAAACUAGUAAUGGUGGGUGAUGUCACAACUUUCCCUGUACAACAGAUGCAUCUGUACAAUGGAAAACUAGAGGUUGCAUAACAUCGGAUGACCAACACAUUUAGUCAUUUAGCAGACGCUCUAAUCCAGAACACCCUAUAAAAGCAAUGGAGGUCAGGUCAGAUGGAAGGGAUGCCUUCGUAAAGGUUGUUUAAGGACUUGAACUGGAUUUAGUAUAAUAGUUGAGUCCCAUAAGAACUUCACCAGAUCUAGUAUAAUUGCAUUGCAUAUUGUAUUAUGAUUACAGUGCAUGUAAAACUGCCAGUAUAGUGGGGUGUGGAAAGAGGAGAAAGGAGUUGCAGAACAUUUAAUUGCUUCAUAGAGGCAUCGACAGGAAGUGUGCUCAAACUGUGGGCAUGUGGUGAGCUUGAUGAGAUGAUUAGGCUCAAAACUCUAACCUCUUGCUGGUAUAACUGAGAGUCAUCUAGAUCUGAGAGGUGCAGUUAACUUUGAUCAUUUGAGUAGGUGCAGAUCUGCAAAAGCAUUCCUGUCAACAUUAAUAGAGAUGUCAGUUACUUUUAAUAAUGUGGUAAACAUUUUUCUUUUAACAAGAUUUGCUUUAUUAUUCAUACUAUUUUCGAAAAGGUGAAGACAUUGAUUUUCAUAAUAUCGAGACACAAACUUGCACAGAAAAUGGGGAGCUGUGCAUGUAAACAAAGUUCAUCCAGCAACGAUCCUACAGAAUUGAAUAUUGUGCUCAUAGGAAGUCAUUCUGCAGGAAAGAAUACUGUUGGAAACAUAAUCCUUGGAAGAAAGACUUUUCCUUCUCGGCAAUCCAAUCAUAGAACUUGUGUUAAAAAAGUGCGUCAUGUAAAUAACUGUCUGAUUACUAUUGUCCGUACACCUGGAUGGUACAGCCUUGAAAAUAUUGAAAAGAAGACAAAAGAUCAGAUUAAAGAAUCGUUGUUUGAAAAUGGAACGGAUGCUUUUCUUCUGGUCGUAGACUUGAAGUCAAAGCCAUUUGACGGAAGUGAGCAGAAAAUGCUGGAAAGUUUGCUGACGGCCAGAGUCUGGAAUCAUACCGUGGUGGUGUUCACUAAUGAGGAGGCUGUGGAUAAGACAGGCCGUACAAUUAAGGAAUAUGUAGAUUAUUUUAAUGAGCUGAUUCAGAAAUGUGGAGGGAGGUAUGUUGUUCUCAAGAGUGGAGAUGAGUCCUCUGAUUACGAUCAGGGCAAAAUGGUAACAGAUGUUGUAAAGAGCAUGAAGAAAAAAAACCACAAUCAAAGGUAUCUGAAGGAAACUCUCCCCAAAGUACAGAUAAAAACACCUGCAGAUGAGGAAGACAAUACAGAGGAAACAGAGGUUACAAGGGACAAACAGGGGGAAACGUUGAAGAGAAAAAUACCUGGGAAAAAACAAACAAAAGGAACUGACACACCAAAUGGAACACAGCAGUUCAUUGAAAUGAACUCAGUUUCUGAAUUAACCCAAAGCCCAGUUACCCAGGAUAAGUGCAUGAAAAAACCAAGGGGCCAUGACAUUGAUGAGAAUGAGUGGACCACUAGUCUUUGUCAAAUCCUAGAUGAACUCCUUGAAGACGAUAUCAAAAAAUUCAAGUUACAUUUACAAACUGGACAUAAGGACAAGAAAAGGGUUCCAGCUGGAGCACUUGAAAAAGCUGACAAGGUGACGCUGGUGCAGCUAUUACUAAAAUACUUUGGAGCAAACGACUCUGUCACAAAGACGAGAGACGCCCUGAAGUUCUUACCCCGCAACGACCUGAAGAAGUCGAUCAUGCCCUUUCUGAGCAAACUCGGAGAAACAUGGUGAUGGACUGAAGUAAUGAAAGUCAUUCUAAUGAACCAUUCUCAGGACUGUAUGAUGGACUGCAUUAUCUUCAUAAAUACCAACUUAGAUUCAAUAUGGUAUUUUAUGACAAACGAUUACAUUUAAAGAAUGUUAUUGAGCAAUCAUUACAAACUUUUUUUGUGUUGCUGUUUUUUCAUGUGUUCAUUCUACUUCUUGUUACUGCUUGCACAGUGGCCAUGAACACAAUUGAUACUUUUUUUCACGUCAGAAAAGUUGAAGAUGUAACCUUUUAUUGUGUAUUAAAUGAUACUGUGUUUAGCCUUGUGUUUAGAGAGGCCACCCCCAAAUGAACUGUUGGCAAGAUUCAGACUUAGGUAAACAUACAAGACCCUUAUCUUGGGGCUGAAGACUAAGAAGAGUUGGGGGUUAGUAGGAGAUACAGUUUGACAGAGCUAGAAGGGAGACUGAGGUCUGGUGACCAUUAGCUGGUCACCUAGUGGGAGUAGGGUUGAUGUUGUAAAUGUCCACUGCAAGGAAUGCACACUUGAGCGCAAAGUCUUUGCAAGGGAGCCAAUGAAAGGAGAGCCAUGUGACCGUUGCAUGCCUGUGUAUGACCCAAUGAUUGUGGAGAGCGGUUUUGUUUAAAUGGUUAGCUAGCACAACAUGCUAGCAGACAACUUUGUGACCACCAUGGCGUUUGGUCUUUGACUCAGUGUGGGUCGGGGGCCAGCAAUAAAGCUUUUUUAACUUCU